AGUGGCUGCAGCAUCUGAGACAUCUUUGCUCUCUCACUCUUCCUUCUCUUGUCUCAUGCUGCCGGCCGGCUUCAACUGACUGAAGAGAAACCUACUGAAGAGAGGGAGACAAGAAAAGUUUUAAGGAUAUUCAGUCAGCUGGUUGGUAUUCAUUGAGAGGAAGCGCCAGUCAAGCUCACAGGAUGGUGCAGGUGGAGAAGCUUGUGAAUCACUGCGAUAUGGAGCUGAUGAAGAUGGCCAUGCUCAGGCACGAACAGACCUUCAGGCAGCAGGUUCAUGAGUUGCACCGGCUGUACCGCGUCCAGAAGCAGCUGAUGAUGGGCGGCGGCAUGUCGAGGCCGCCGUCGGAGCUCAUCAGCUGCCGGCGGCAUCAGAAUAGGCGCGGCAGGCAGCCGCGUCGCGCGCUGGACCUAGGCCUGCACCUCCCAGCUGAUGACUACAUCCUCGUCGCCGGCGCGGACAACACAACGCCAUCGUCGCCGAGGCAAGAGGACGGGCUGGAGCUGACGCUCGCCGUCGGCAGCGUCAGCGCCAGCAGCAGGAGGAAGCGCCGGGACGAGGGCACCGGCGCCCCCUUGGGGUCGGACUGCUCCGGCGGGAGCAUGACGUCGACAUCGUCGUCCACCGGCACCGCCAGCGGAUCGCCGCCACACCGGAGGGCGGUGCCGGCGUCCCGUCUCCAGGAAGGGGCGGCGGCGGUUUUGAAGCAGCCGCAGCCGCAGACGCGGUCGCCAUGGCUCGUGCAGUGCCUCAGCCUCAAGAUGGCGUGAGAUGGCCAGCCAGUUGGGCCACGGCGGUGGUCAUGGCCGUCGGAUUUGCAAGGCCGUGGUGUCUGUCGCUCGUAGGUAGAGGUAGCUGCUACUGCUGGAUUGCUAGGGGCUUUGG